UCACGAUCCUACAGCGGUGGUGCAUCCACCAUUCCGGCGUGUUCAUCCCCAACGAGAACGAUGCAACUGUGUCACUAGGCCGAGUGGCACGUGAUCCUGUCCUUGCACGGUGCUGCUUCUCGUUGCAUCCGUGGCGACGCUGCAGAUCCUAUCGAAAUAUGCGUGCCUCGAAUUUCCCAAGGAACCCCGACAGUGCGUGAACAACUUCGUUCGAGGGGAAUCAGUAUCGUUGACAGCAAACCCUUAGCAUUGUAUCUAAAUAAUCGAGCUGGCCGAGCGGGGAUAUGGGUGUUUUGGUACGGAGCGAACGUUCCAUUUCCGAUCGAAUCGAAGACAUCCUGUUACAACAUUGAGGGGAAAUUGAUUUAUCGGGUGUCAGGGUCAGGCCGUCGAUGUGUGCCCAUCGCAACGCGGAAAAACCGGCUGAUGUCGCUGGGACCUGAAGGGAAGUACAUUUUUCACUGGCAGGUGAAACACGUGGCGACGUUCUAAACAAUAAAUCGUUUUUCCGUCGAUCGUAUGACGAUUACGCUAAGAACAUGGAUAAACGACGGUCCGUUGACGGAAACCUCCAGGAGCAUGCUUUGCCCAUUCCGGUUCAGAUGUUCCUUUGGCGACAAUUGAGACCAUUCAUUCGUGCGAAAUUGGGAAGGCUACACGAGGCAACAUGCACGUUCUGUCAACACGCCCCAGGCCAUCAUGAGACGAAGGAAGCUUGCAUGUCGCUCGAGAAGGUGUUGGUUCAGAAUCUUCACAACGAUUUGACACCCUCUUUGAGCGUAAUACUGGGCAAUGUGCCACGAUGGCAUUUGAUCCAAACCGCUCUUCCCUACGUUCUCCAUGCCGCGGCCAAUCUUCUGCACAAUAGGAAGGAUUUUCAAACACUCGGAGCUAUGGAAACGACGCUACUUUACAUUCUUCAUUGGAUACUACUCGAUUCCGCCGAAGAAUGCUCCGAAUCUGAAACCGACCCUGGAAAUCCUUUUUAUUAUUUAUUUUCUGUGCCCACUAUGAGCCUAUUCGUCUACCUGUUCGCGCCAUUGUGCAACCACUUGAAAGACAUCGACUUCAAAACCAAUUUACGUUUGGAGAACGGCUUGAAAAUAUGGUCGGCUAUGUGUGAAUGUCGUCAUCCAGAUACGCCUUGUUUCACCACUCAUUGUCGGAUCAAGCCUCAAGCUCUGUGGAAUCGAUCCUUCAAGACUUCCAAACAGCAACAAAUGUCUGACGAUGUUUUUGUAGGAGAAAAUGUCGAAAGUCCACCCAGUCAAUCAGCCAGUGCUUUUUCAGACCAGAGCGCUGACAAACCUUUCUCCACGAAACAGCUGGAUGACGAUAAUUCUUGGGUAUCGUCGCCAAAGGACACAGUAUUCCCUGAAACCAUCCCCGAAGAAAGUUCCGGCGCUGAAGACGAGCAUGUUGUUAUCUUCAGGUUACCGUCCCUCAGCGAAUCAGAAAAGGCGCUCGAUGGGGGCGAAGCUAGCAUCUUUCACGUAGCCAUGGGUCGAACAAAUGAUUUCUCAAAAUCUACCCUGACGAUAGAAAAGGUCACAGCGAUUUCAGGGCUUGACACUUGUAGACAGUACCAAGAGAAGUCUCAAAGCACAGGAGCUGCGGAGAAGGAAAAAGCGGAUAAAAGCCAGAAAACGGAAAAGGAAGCGCAGGAUUCGACGAAAACGAAAACUUCGUUGACGCAACAAUUAUCUCCAGGUGAUUCUGGUCCUACAGGACUGUUGAGUAGCCAUGCUGGUAUCGAAGCAGACGUCCGAGCUGCCACCUUUCUGGACGUGGCUGUUCUUAGGUGCCUUUUCGUUCUUCAGUGGCAGGAGGAAGGCAUUCACUGGGCUCUACAAUUUUUAUAUCACCGAUUACGCACGAUCAACGAAGAAACAUCAGUGCAGCAGAUGCCACGUCGUCGCAGCAACUCGUUGCCCAUACCAAAGAUCGAAGUAUCGAUUUAUCAAAGUCCUGAAAGUAAGAAGAAGGACGUGGCAAAGGAUUUUAUGGAAGUGCCGGAUAUUCGAGACGUUUCUGUGAUAAGUGGUAACGAAAGCGAAACAAACCAUACAAGACGAGGCAGUGAGAAGAAGAAGAGAAUGAAAAUGGCUGAUCUCAAGGCAUUUGUCGAGACGAAAUUAUUAUCGAAGUCGGAAAAGGCACUCGAGAAAAUUGGUCAAGAUGAUCCGAAAAUGCUGUUCGAACAGGACAGCCAUAGAAGCCUCGACACUGGAGACGAUCACUUAUCGAGACGAACUUCGACCACAUCGAAAAUCUUUGAAGCGAAGGAUGUCGAUCGCAUGAAACACCCUACGAAUUUGAUCAAAGGAAAGAGCAUGCCAAGUUUAAGCUGCUUGAUUAACGAGCUGACCGCGGGAGGGUACGUCGGCGAUACUCGUAUCGAGAGGAAGCAAAGUCGAUUCUAUAGCCAAUCGUACACUGCCCCCAACCCUAUCAUCACCGUCACGGAGCACACGCCUUCGCCAUCCCCUGAUUACAUGAAGCGACAGGCUUCGAUCGACAGUCAAUUAGACGUUAUUAGUAUGCGCGGUAAUCGUUUAGAUUCUGAAAGAAAACCAAGUCUCACACGGUCGCAAACAGACUCCAACAUCACGUAUGCUAGCGACGAAGUACCGGAAGCUCCUGGGUCGUCUUGCUACAUCACCAAAGAAGGUGACAUCGACUUGCAAGUAGUUUUAAAGGCCGUCCAUUCAGUUGCGUUGCGAGAUACCAACUGCUGUACCUUACGGGUGUGCGAAAAUAUUUUGAAUUUGGUGGAACUCCUGAUGGAUAUGGGAGUGAUGAAGCAGUGUCUUCGUGAUGAAAUGACGGGUAGUUUAACAGAGUCAGCGACAGGUGUAGAGAAGACAGACACUGGAAAGAAAAAAGAAGCCCCCGACGACGAGCACGACUAUCGUCAGAAUCCAUUGGAAAAGACUAAAUCUUCGUCGCAUAAUCUCCUACUGAAUUGCGUGAUCAGAGUGCUGAGACACCUAGGCUGCCCUCACAGCUGUUCAGAAGGGAUACGCGGGCCCCAGGCCGAUUUUUGUCGUUCCCAAUCGCAAACGAUCCUCGGCAAGUUGCAUCGCGCCAGCUCGAAGCAGUUCUCGCGAUUCCUGAGAUCAAUGGUGCGGGACCAACCAAUACCAGAGAUUCUGGAUUUCUUUCACGCAUACAUUGGAUUCUGCUUGGAUCCAAGUUCGUUGUUAUCUCCACUUAAUCAGAAACGGGGAUCGAGCAAAUCGCCGGAAAUCGGAUCACAGGGAGGCUACCCGGCGAACUACGGUAGCAACUUGAUGGGCAGCACCAUGGUAUCUGGAGGGACACUUGGCAGCUCGAAUGUAACCGGUGCUGCUGGGAACAUGACCACGAACGCUUCCGCGACUGCAGCCUCUAUGUAUGGCCUGGGUAGCCAUAGUUCGCGUGGUAUAGAGGGACAGAUAUUCAACUGUGUCUUCAAGGCACUCGUGACGCGUUUCGUCAAGUCCCUCAAAGAGAUAAAACCUCAAGAAAACACAAGCUUGUACUGCGACCUCCAGCAGUUCAUGGCUUACGUUAAGGAAGUCCACGGGGGUGUCUUCCGUCGCGUAAUUUUGAGCGGAAUCUUGGACUCUGCCGAUCGACCUAACAAAAGGUGUAACAGUAACAUUCAGACGACGCGCGUUAUCAGGCAUAUACACCAAUCAGAUUUGGAGGAACACGCGGAUAUCGGAGGCGAUACUUGUUACACUGUGGAUGACAGAGGAACGCGGAAAUUCCUUUUCAAGAAAAGGAGCACAUCUUCCACUUGCGCUAGUCUUCUUGAAACAGAACUAAGCGAAGAAAAUGCAAAAAUUAGCCAAAGUCCGUUAGGGAACAUACGGAAGAAACAUCACAUACUCACGCCAAGGCAGAGUGAACGCAAUUUGGGAAUAGAGUCCUUGGGUUCUGGGAAAAUUCGAAAGUCUACUCGAUUUCAAAUUGGUGGCAUAGUUAAUUGGUUUCGAAAGGAGUAUGGAAGAACCGAUUCUACCGACAGUCAUGAGAGCAGCGAAUCACCGACGGACGGUAGUUUCGUUAGGCAAUCCAGUUUUCAUUAUGGUUAUUAUUGUCGUAGCGCAUCAAGGUCAGGACGUGGGGUCGGUAUAACCCUGCAGAAGGCAAAGCGUCGAAUGGAAGAUCAACUAAUUAAAAUUGGCUUUGGAAAGAGUAAGAAAAAGGAAAGCCUAGAGGAGGUGGCUGGAAGUUAUUUCAGCAGACGAAAUUCCAUGGAAUUCGGCGAAGCUUCGAGGGAAUCUGAAUUCGUGGUCUUAAAAGAAAGGAGACUGGUGCCUCGUAACGCUGUCCACGAUGGAAUGCUGAGAUUCUCAUUCUUACUGGAGACUUGCCAACCGGGUUCGGUACCCGAUCACUAUCUAAUGGCUGCAAUCCUAGACCUUCCCUAUGCACCAGUGGUCGCACGAGCGUGUUUGCUGUUAGAGUGUGCCCAUUUCGUUCACAUGUGUAACAAAGGACAGUGGCCGGCCUGCAUGAAAACGAAUUUUCCAAUAUUUCGUCCGUCGGUGCCUAUCAACAGUCGAAAUACAACGACUGUGCUUAGCAGAAUUCACGUGAUGCAACGCACGGCUGGAAAGUUGUUUUAUCAAUGGGCAGAGGCCAUUGGCGCACGAUUAGAAGAAUUAUUGCACGAAGACAAGCAGAAUGUUGAUCAAAUGAUAGCAAUGGUUUCUGACGAAAGCAAGCAAAGAGAUUUAAUCAUUGAAGACGAAGAAGAAGAUUUUCUGGAUGAAGCUAGCAUAAACGGUUAUGGUUCUCAGUGUCCCAUUGCGUUGCGUCUCGCAGCCUGUAUUCUCCUAUUGGAGGUAACAGCGUUUUUAAGAGAGACUUAUCAAACGUUGCCAAAAUUUAAUAAACUUUUAACGAAAGAACGCCCACCCCCUUGGGAAAGAAUGUACAGUAGAGAAGCGAAUCGACGAUGGAGUAUGGCACUCUCCUCGAUGGGCCAUUCUCAAACAUCAGCUCAAAGUCUUCAAUCGAUUGUAGGUGAUCGCGAGGUCGCACCGGAACGAAAAAUUAGUUUUGUUCUUUACGAGCCUGACAACGAAUCGGAAGGUAGUAGCAAAUCAACUGUUACAAUUCAAGGGGAGGAAUCCCAAAACGCUGAAAAAGAGAAGGCCAAACGCAUACAACCACCGCAAGGGCGGCCAUUUCUUCUUCGCCGUGGUACCGCGGAAAAUGCAACGGGUUCAUUCAAGAAAAGAAGUUUAAAACUUCGACGUGGUACCAAAGAAGGCAAGGACACUGAAUGCGAGGCUUAUACAGUGAGACGAGCGGAUUCCAUUCAAUCGAAGAGAAAAGUAAGCUCACUGUCAGACAGAAGUGACACUUCUGAGCCUGGUUACGGAGGUGAAAUUAGCGGCGAAGAAUCACCUGGAAUAUUAAUAGACGAUCAACCGCCGGAGAGUCCCAGCGACAGUAACGAAACAGACGAAACCAACAAAAAUUUUCCUUGGAUGAAGGUCUUGGUACAGUUCGCCAAUUCGUUCAACAUCUACUGCUCCCAUCAGAACUUUUGUCAUCCCUACUGCCACAGACGUCAAAUGCGAGCCAGUAGCAGGUUAAUGAAGUCCGUAAGAAAAAUUUAUGGAGAAAAGUUUGGGAUUCUGAACGGCGCAGGAAUGUUCGAUUUCGACGCCGAGAAGAAAGAAGCGAAUAAGAAGGACAAACGUGGCCGCAAAGUCUCUGAGCAAACCAGCACCCAAGUGUCUCCUGUGCGAAGGAAGGACAGCGUAGGAAAGAAAUUCAAAAUCGACAAAAAUAUAGACGGAUCCCAGUCUGGCCGCCUAACGCAACGAGACUCCUCAAAGGACUUAGCUGAUCAAGAUUCGGAGAAGGGAAAGGAGUCCUCCAAAAAAUCUGCUGGAGAGGAAUCUGAGAAAGAGAGUCCGGCGAUUUUGAAGUACAUCAAGACUCAAGUGAAAGACAUAUUCCAUGCGCCAUUGGCCACUUUAGUAAAAGGAGCUGUAGUGAUGACGGAGGAAUUAUUUAUCGACGUUCUACCUGUCGCUUGGGAACUCUUGCUAGAAUCGAAUCAAGAAGUCGCAGCUUCGGCUGCCUCUCUCUUCAUAGUUGCUGCAGUACGAGCUCCUAAUCAAGCGAGCGAACUGAUGCAUCACGGUCUUCAACACAGCAGCACCAGCGUGCGAAUAAAUGCGAUACUGAGGUUUCAAGUUCUGUGGAAACUGCGGUAUCAAGUUUGGCCACGAAUGGAAGAGAAUGCUCACCUCACCUUCAAGGUUCCGCCACCUGGGAUAGAGUUCACGUUACCCUCGCCAAAAAUCGGUAUCGAAUCGUUGCCUGUCGUCGAUCCACCUUGGAUGCCUCAGGUGAAAACGAAGGUGGAAGAAGUGACUAUCAAUCAGGAGCAUCAUAGGUCUCUGGUGACGGCAACGAAAACUCGUAAGAAGCAGCAAACUGAACUCAUAAAAAAGGCUUUACAGGCGCAGGAUGAUAAGAAACGAGAAGAGAGGGAAAAUUUUUUGAUCACGACUAUACCGAUUACCGUACAGGCUGCGUACGAACCCAGCCCUGUUGGAGACGAUCACGACGAAGGAAACGUUGGAGACGAAGAUGGAGGUGAAACAAUGCCAAGAAACACGUCUCAUCACGGCCAAUCCGCGCCUUCUUUGUUUCCUUCUUCAUUAUGUUCCGCCAUCGUGCAAAUUAUUGACUUGCUCGACGAUGCUGCUGUCUCCGAUGAUGGAAGCGCCGUUUACGAAGUAGCUUACCAAGUGAUUUGGAACUGUCUUGUGGAAGACAGUGCAUUAUUCCUUCGCUACGUUUUGGAACGGCUAACUAGAGAGAAGCAAGAGUUGAUGUUUAAAAUUUUAAGACACCUCAUUCGUUUUGUGCCAAAGCUACCCCAACAGGCUGCGUUUGCCUUGUACAAUUAUAUAAUCGGGUACGUUAUGUUCUAUGUACGUUCUCCACACGAGGAAGGACAAAAACUAAUUGGAACAGCGCUUUCUAUCUUAUGGAUGGUGGUGCACAGUGUGCACGGGAUAAUGUUCAAAGAUUUGAAACAAAUUUUAAGAAAGGAGCAGUGCGAUGCUUCAAUUUUGUUAACUGCAAACGUGCCAUCCGCAAAAAGAAUCGUAGUACACGGGCCACAAGACCCGGAUGCAGGAGGAAUUCCUUCUCAGUUUCCAGUACAGGAAGACACACAGUUUUGCCAGAUACUUCGAGAAUCAUUGGACUUUUUUGGCAUAGAAGAAUCGAAACAUCGAGAAUACUUCCUCGUUGACUACAAAACACAUCAAAUCCGCAAUCCGUCGUCGUACGUUCGCGAUUACUACUUCUUCAAAGGCAGGUCUCAGUUCUCUGAGAUCGAAUUAGUUCACAUGAAACCGGAAGACGCGUUCAAUGCACUGCAACGCCAGGAACUGGUUCACAAGUUCGUCGAAAUUGGAAAGGUCCUGUUGACCUGGGCGAUUUUAAAAAACGUCGACAUGGUGGUGCAGAGGGUAGUCUUCCUCCACGAAGAACUAAUGAAGCUACCGUCUUUUCCAAGAAGAGCGCUGGAAGCCGACUUGGAUUUGUACAAAGGUGGUGAAAUAGGCAGAGAACUCCUUGGUCUGGACGUGAUGCACAAAUUUAUGUGGGUAAAACUAAUUGCGAGGAUGUUCGAGGCGAUGGCAGGCAACUUCGCUUAUUCAGGGGACAUCCACCUUUUCCUAAAUGUUUUGAACGGCGCAAUCAUCAUUCACAGUGAAGACUCCUGUAUUUUACGUUACGUGGUCGCCACGUAUAUUAACGCAGCGCACAAUUUCAAAAAUAUUUUCUCGACGAACGGCUACCUGCUAAUUAUGCCGACGCUAUUGCAAUUAUACUCGACUCACCAAACGAAUAAAUUAGUGACAACUACAGUGGAAUACGCCGUCAAACAAUUCUACUUGAUGAAUCGGAAGCCAUUUAUCCUUCAGAUGUUCGGAAGUGUGUCCACCAUAUUGGACACGGAUGAGGCGAGUGUUCACGGAGAAGCGCACAAGGUCCCUGCUACGUGUCUUUUCAAUUUGUUGUUAAGUUUGGAGACUCCAUCGCCGGACCCUUUACACAUAGACGAAUUGGUAAAAGAAGAAAAGCCAUUGAAAGCUAUCGACUUCUGUUACCACGAUGAGAACGAAAUGGUUAAUGUAUUAGAUUGUAUAGCAUUGUGCGUAAUGGUGAUAGCUUACGCACCUGACUCUGUCAGGGGACAACAAAUGUUGAUUAUACUGGAAGCGAUUCUACCGUGCUACGUUCAACAAAUUCAAUCUCCCACUUACAACAGGGACGGAAGAACUGAGAAAGAAAUAAUAAAUCAAUUAGCCAUAGCAGUGAAGACUUUGGUUAACAACUCAGAGGCGCUCACAAAAUAUUAUAAUGGCCCACAAAAAUCGAGCCCGGAACACAAAGGAUCCAGUCAAAAAAAUUACGGGAAAGGUCCGUAUUCGCCUGGUUUUGAUUUCGAGGACGAAACUCACACCACUAAGUAUAUAGAGCACUCUAAAGUGCGAACUUUUUAUGAACGAGAUAACGACGAUACUGAAAGAUGUCACAAAAAUGAGUUUCGACGACCACGUGACACUUUAUUAAACAUGGUAGGGGACUUUGUAGCUCGAUGCUCGGCUCGUUUGAUAGAAUUGAACAAAAAAUCUCAGGAUGGGAAAAUGAUCGAACUAUUGGAUUCGAAAUGUCAUAUACGAUUAGCAGACAUUGCUCACACUCUCUUGAAAAUAUCUCCGUACGAUGCGACCACAAUGGGUUGUCGUGGUUUGAGAAGAUACAUGAACGAUAUUUUACCCUCAACCGAAUGGUCAAACGACGAUAUGAGACCCGCGUUGACAAUUAUUUUAAGAAGACUCGAUAAAACCUUCAGUAAGAUACACAAGAAAGCCUCCAUUAGAAGAAAUACUGAUUGGACCGCGGCUAGUGAUCUCUUGAAAGGAGUUUACGAAACGUUGUCCAGAUGCCCUUACAUUGCACACUUUCAAUAUUUGAAAACAUUGCUGAGCACCUGUCAGUCAUUAAUUAUUGGAGAUACUCCGCCGGAAGAUGUGACUUCAGCUUCCUCGGCGGCUUUAAUGAGCAAAAUACCACCGCAACAUUUCUGCUCGACGGUGCUUCGAUUGAUAGCUCUUCACGUGAUAUCCCUCAGUGAAGGAUAUUCUCUUGAGAAUGUAUGCGGCGGUCACGCUAUGUUUGCUAGUCAAACUCGAACGGAGAACAUACUCCUUAACUUAUUAAUACCGCUGUUCCUGCGUGUAGGGACUGGAAGGAAAGAUGUGACGAAACUAAGGCAAUCGGACAUAAACUUUGCUCUAACCGCGGUGCUGAUUACUCUGUGGCCACCGAGUACGAAGACAGUGCCAAUAACUACUCAGAACUUAAAAACCACAACGGACAUGAGAACUGGUAGUUUGACAUUUGUAGCGAGAGAUUCAAAGACUUCAACGAAAACAUCGUUGACGUUGUACCAAGUUGCUUUUUUGGCUUUGAAAAUAAUGACGAUAUGCUUCGAAACGGAAUUGAAGACCGAGUGGACAAAAAUUCUACGCACAAUGCGUUUAUUAAAUAAACGAAACGAAGCUUCCACUUACCUUUGGAAUUUUAUAGAAUUCGUGGUCACUCAUCGCACCGCUUUGUACAUUCAAAUGCUUCCGUUCAUCGUUCACAAGAUCGGCCAGGCACCGAUUUCGGAACACGAGAGAAACAUGCAGAGUAUCAUACGUACGAAAAUUAACGGUGACACUAAAACGAUACCGAAAUCUCGCAGCACUCUGUUGACCGAUCUUAUACGCGAACUGAAAGACUUGAAGGACGAAAUUGAGGACAGAAGAUUCGAUGAAAUGCAGCCAGAGCCAAAGAGAAGUGUCGCAGACAUGCAUUCCGCGAACGAAGGACAGCCUCGUACACAAAGACCAUCGUUGUUGAUAGAUCUUCUGACCGGAGAUCUUGGAUCCAGAGCUCAUAUAAAUCGUACACCUGCGGAAACUCCAAUUUCGCAUUCCACAGCCCCUCAAUCCGCCCCUCAUUCGACUCAUCAGUCAAAUUCCAGUGGCACUGUCAAGGCGAUGCAACCGAGUCAAGCAUCGGCGCCGCUAAACGGUAUACAUACAGCACGUGGAUCAGUUUCGAGUACAAGCGUGGGUUCCUCCACUCUUCGCGAGUCCAGUGACCUCGGUGUUCCAGAGACGCACAUGGAACAAACGCCCACAGAUAAAUCCCAACCACCUUCUACUAGUGAUGAACGUAACCAUGUUAAGCCUCAUCCUAUAUUAACUCAUCAAAAGGCACCAAAACUGCGCUUUCUCUCUUCCAUAGAAUUUAGGCACUCAUCAGGAGAAACAAUGACGAGUCAGCUCAGCCCGACCAGUCCAAACGAGGACAGUUCAGUUGAAUCCCGUCCAGACAAACCUCGAUUACAACGUUGUACGGGUCAAAGCAAGAAGACUUUUCGUUUGAGAAAGAGUCGAAGAACACACAUUGAAGUAUCGCAAGUGGGGACAGAACAAAUCGACGACACACCACACGUACCAAUAACGACUCAACUAUCGGUACGAACGUCACCGAUGCCAUCAAUGGAACCUUCGACGUUCAACAUCCCUUCAGAUUCAUCGUCUAUUCGUUCAAGACGAAGUUCGUCCAUCCGUCAGUCAGAUUGUGAAAAGAGUAAUAACAUACCAAUCGAUCAACAGCAAAUGCACGGCGGUCUUCAUCAUCAUCACCAUCACUACCAUCACUACCACCAUCACCUGAAUCUUCAAACAUCCGAUGUCUCGUGGGAUGAAGACACAUCUAGUACGUCUGGUUAUCGUGAAUCGUAUAGCAUGCAACUGGUAUCGUUAGAAAGCAGUAACAAUAACAACCGCCCGAUUCAAGCACCACCGUUGGCAUCGCCAGAUUUAAACGACAUGCCUUCAACCAGUAGCACUACGACGAACGUUAUAGCCUUCGAUGGCAGUUCACCGGAUUGUUCUAUUAAUGGAAGUGGCGGAGAAAAAACAGCAUUAUUAACUUCUAGCCAAAGAACAACUUCUCAGCAUUCCUUACUGAUAGUUUUUCCAAAUCAGGAUGAGGACACGUUGAUAUAGGUAGUCAGCGGACACAGUUGGUGUUUCCUGUUACGAGACUGAUUAAGGUAUCAAUAACCUCUAAUUGCUAACGGUAAGUCUUACUAUAAUUAAUAAAUUUAGAGACAAAACUAUUCUCCCACCUGGCGUCCUCAAGAACUCAGUUUGUUAACAACAGCAUCUUCAUUCUAUUUGAAUUCAAAUCUUAACCGCUUCACUAGUACCAUCUUCUGGUGAAGUCAAAGAACUAAGUACUCCUAAUUCAAAUAGCACACUCAAAAUACUUUCUUAAAGUCAAACUAUACAUAUCUCUACUAUCAUUAUUUCUUAAUUUGGUAAUAAAUUAAUGGUGCUUUGUUUCUAUGAAUAUACUGUUAUAUAUUAUGUAGAAUUACUUUCUUCAUGCAAACAAUUAAAAGUUGAUGGCAUUAAUUACUAUAAAAAGUACGUUAGCAGUUAAAGGUUUAGUCGAAAUAUAAUGUAGAGAAUUAAUCGCGAUAAUAUAGAGUGACUGCAAAUUCAUAAAACUACUAAUAUGGUGUUCAAGAGUUUUCAUUGUUUUCCGCUAAUCGGAAAGACCAAUUAAAGAUACAUAUGUCGAGAGCCUAGCCUUGUGAUCACAGAAUACUUUGUAAUACGUACAAUUAGCGAACGAAAUUACGACCACAUGGACAAUUACACUUUGUAUAAAACGAUUCCCUGUAAAAGUAAGUGGAUUUGAAAUAAAGAUUUAUUGAGCAUCGA